UCCUCAGUGGCCCCCACACGGUCCUCCUCGGCGUUGCUAUUGGUCCGUGUAAUUCCACACGGGUUUUCCUCCCUGGCUGUGGGAAGGACGAGCGGGAUACAGGCAUUUGUGUGUGGGAACUGUAGUCGAACGACUGCCGGAGAAGCAUAUGUUUGGAUUUAGCUAAAGUUCAGGAAACCCCUACUUCUUUGUCUACUCCUCCUCUACCUGCUCCUCCAGAAGUGACUAUUGGUACCUUCGAUUCCUCCCAGGGGUCCCUCCCCCCGCAACACGGUCUGCUGAGAAACCUCCGCUGUUCCCCUCCUCUCUGCUCCCCCUGUCCCUGUCCCCUCUCCCCUCUCGCCACGGUCCUCGCCCUCCACCCCCCUAGCCCCCAUCCUAGGCAACAUGUCCAUCGCCCUGAAGCAGGUCUUCAACAAGGACAAGACCUUCCGCCCCAAGCGUAAGUUUGAGCCGGGGACGCAGCGCUUCGAGCUGCAUAAGAAGGCCCAGGCGUCGCUGAGCUCCGGAGUUGACCUGAGGGCGGCGGUUGCUUUGCCCCACGGGGAGGAUCUGAACGACUGGGUGGCAGUACACGUGGUGGACUUCUUCAACCGAAUCAACCUCAUCUACGGGACGGUGUGUGAGUUCUGCACGGAGAAGAGUUGUCCGGUCAUGUCCGGGGGUCCUAGGUAUGAGUACCGAUGGCAGGACGAUCACAAGUAUAAGAAACCAACAGCUCUACCGGCUCCCAAGUACAUGAAUCUACUGAUGGACUGGAUCGAGGUCCAGAUCAACAAUGAGGAUAUCUUCCCCACCAGUAUAGGUAUCCCGUUCCCCAAGAACUUCAUCCAGAUUUGUAAGAAGAUCAUCUGCCGUCUGUUCCGGGUGUUUGUCCACGUCUACAUCCACCAUUUUGACCGUAUGAUGCUGAUGGGAGCUGAGGCCCAUGUUAACACCUGCUACAAGCACUUCUACUACUUCAGCACAGAACUCAACCUCAUAGACCGCAAGGAGCUGGAGCCACUGAAAGAGAUGACUUCUGGGAUGUGUCACUGAGGAGCAGAACCACUGGAGCAGCUGAGGGACUGUCGGGGACGUCCUGCUGGCAUGGCAGGAGGUUACCAUGGAGAUAUGGAGGGGUACACAGUUGACUCUGAAGCUUGAUGACAUCAUCAGUGUGAUUCAACUAGCUAGAUGUCAUCGCUGUCAUUCUGAUAGCAAGAGAAGAACCUGCAGAUAUACCCGGAUGAAUGUAUGGAUGAAUGGGAUGGAUGGAUGGAUGGACACUGUAGCAAAGACAUUCUACUAUUUCUACUGUAGUUUACUUUAAGGACCUCCCUCUGUAACACCACGUCGUUGAGGAGGACCUCCCUCUGUAACACCACGUCGUUGAGGAGGACCUCCCUCUGUAACACCACGUCGUUGAGGAGGACCUCCCUCUGUAACACCACGUCGUUGAGGAGGACCUCCCUCUGUAACACCACGUCGUUGAGGAGGACCUCCCUCUGUAACACCACAUCGUUGAGGAGGACCUCCCUCUGUAACACCACAUCGUUGAGGAGGACCUCCCUCUGUAACACCACAUCGUUGAGGAGGACCUCCCUCUGUAACACCACAUCGUUGAGGAGGACCUCCCUCUGUAACACCACGUCGUUGAGGAGGACCUCCCUCUGUAACACCACGUCAUUGAGGAGGAGAUGAUUUAACCUCUCUAGGGUAUGUGGGACGGUAGCGUCCCACCUCGUCAACAGCCAGUGAAACUGCAGGGCG